GCUUCACCCUUCGUGCUAUCGAAACAAGCUUGACGAAAAUCACAAAACAAGACAUACCAAGCAAGAAAAUCGAAGACGAGAAGAGAGAUUCAUUCGCGAAACUCGAAUACCAGAACAAGUCAAAAAAUGCCCACCAAAAACGUCGUCUUCGACAUAGUCGGAACCCUCGUCUCCUUCGAUGCCUUCUAUGCCCGCAUCGACGAAGUCAUAGGCGAUAAACUCCGAAGCAAAGGCAUCUCCCCGCAGCUCUUCGGCUUCAGCUGGCAAACUUCCGCCGAAGUAGAUUUCACCUUCCUCUCCAUCAGUGGCCGCCAUACAUCCUAUUCCGAAUUGAUGAAAGCUGUCUUCUACCGCACCCUCUGGUUCGCCGGAAUACAAAAUCCUCGAGAGUUCGCAACCGAUGACGAACGUGAUCGAUGUCAAGAAGGCUACUCCCUCCUCGGCCUCCGCGAAGGCGCGAAAGAAUGUAUUGAGAUUUUACGAAAUGGGGGAUUUGAAGUUUGGUGUCUGACCACUGCUGAUAUUCCGCGUGUGCAAGGGUAUUUCAGACGAGGGGGAGUGGAAAUGCCAGCGGAGAAUUUUGUUUCUUGUGAUACGCAGGGAGUGGCGAAGCCGGCUUUGGCGGCGUAUAAGCCUGUGUUUGAAAGGUUUGCUGAAGAAGAUCAGAAGUGGUUUGCAGCAGCUCAUAUGUGGGAUGUUUCUUCGGCGAGGUUAGUGGGGUUUAAGGGUGCUUAUUGUAGGGCUUAUGAGAAGGAGGAUUGUUUGGAGAUUUUUGGUGGGGAAAUGGAGGUUAUGGCGGAUGAUCUGAAACAGAUGGCGGAGAGGAUUGUGGAGGCUGCUCGAUGAGACGGUGGAGCUUGAAUUAGCUUGCUGUGAUCUGCACAUUGAUAGGUGUCGGAUGGGCAGAGCUUUCUCUUCUGUUACAGCAACAGCAGUUAAGUUAGAGCAGUCUCGAAACCUGUUCACGCAGCUCCCGUUGAUCAUUAGUAGAGUGCGUGCACCGGCUCUCUUAAAACAGAGAAAAGUUUAGCAAG